CCUUAGAGCCCUCUUUCCCCUACUCCCCACUCUAUAAUGAAGUCUCACGUUCAAGCACAAGUCAAGACACCUGUUUACCAUGAUCCUUGGGCCAAGCGUGAAGCAUGGCGCAAGCACCCUAUCUUCUCCAAAUCCUCCAACUUCAAGACCAUGUUCCCUGGUCUUGGUAUUGCUACUGUUGCUUUUGCUGCCUACUGUACUUAUGAACACUUUUUCCUUAACAAGAAGAGCCACCAUUAAAUUCAUUCACUUUUAUUCCCAAAAACAAAUGGUCU